GAGAGACUGCAAUCUGAUUGUGAUCGAUAUGUGCAAGAUGUACUACAGAUGACUCUGCAACAUUGUCCAACCUUGUGUUGUUUUCUUCUGAUGAGGCGUCGGAGUUGGUGAUCGCGUCGGUAUGCAAGGCGGCGCCGCGCCUACAGCCGAUGCCGACCAGGCGCAAUUCGAGGCGGACAAGCGAGCCGUGUAUAAACACCCCCUUUUCCCACUACUGGCAUUACUGCUGGAGCGAUGCGAGCAGGCGACGGCGGGGGCAGAGCCCCCUGCGGCGGACGCCUUCGGGGCCGACCUCCAGGCCUUCGUGCAGCACCAGCGCCGGGACCGUAGGCCGUUCCUGGUCGACGAUCCUGAGAUAGAUGGACUUAUGAUUAAGAGCAUUCAGGUGUUGAGGAUUCAUCUGCUGGAAUUGGAGAAAGUGCAAGAGUUGUGCCGCGACUUCUGCGGACGUUACAUCGCCUGUCUCAAGACUAAGAUGCAGAGUGAGAAUCUGCUCAGGACUGACUAUUCAGGAGGUGGUGUGGAGAGUAACAAUAACCUGUCAGGGUCGUUGGAGGACCACUCCAGCACUUCCAACUCACCACAAUAUCAGCCGGCGGCGGCGCCGGGGGUGCCGGGUCCGUUCCCGGCGGUGUUCCCGCACACCGACCUGCCGUACCCCGCGCCCGCGCCCGCGCCACCCACCCUCCGGGAUCAGACUUCACUGGUUGUUCAAGGUUCAACGCCGAUCAGCCAGAUAGGUGCCGCCUUGCUGUCUACCGACUCCUACACUGGGACAAACUCGAACAAUUCGUGUUCAUCCGUGUCCGGAUCCCCGCCGCCCGAGGACGAAUGUGAUGACGCGGGCGGCAAGCGUGGAGUCCUGCCCCGACACGCUACGCAAGUCAUGCGCGCGUGGCUGUUUCAACAUUUGGUCCAUCCGUACCCAACAGAAGAGGAGAAGCGUACCCUGGCAGCCCAGACGCGGCUGACAUUGUUACAAGUUAACAACUGGUUCAUAAACGCUCGCCGGCGUAUUCUGCAGCCAAUGCUCGACUGUGCUGAUAAACCAGGUGGAAAGAAAAGUAAAAAUGGGUCGUCAAUAAGUAAGAGGUACUGGCCAGACGCUCUCUCCAAUCCGCAGUUUACUGCAGGUCUUCUGUCGUCAUCAGAGGAUGAAGACCAAGACGGCGAACAGUCUGCGGACGAGCACGAGUCACAGACAGAGGAGCACACCAGUGAACAUAACAAUUUUCCGCCAUUACAACAAACUAUGCAGUAAACAUAAGUAUACUUCCAUACCGCACAUAUUAUGUAUAUUUAAUCUGAAGCUAAUUACAUAAAUCCUUAGCUAUUUAUACACAAAAACAUCCACGUUAUUUAAUUGUAAGCAAUAAAAAUAAUGGGCGGCCAUUUUGUGUAGUCUUAUGAUAUAUUCAAAAUGGCCGACAGUAUUGCGUCAGCUAUUACUUUCAUGGUACCAUUGAAUACAUUCGCAUGACAACAAAUUCCACGUUUCGGUGCAAACUAAUUAGAUUUUAAGUCAUCAGAUGACUCAAUGAAAAAGCAAAAAAAUGUCUUCGGAUAUUUUAAAUAUGGGACGAUAAUAUUUACAAUUUGUUCCUGCCAUUUUCCUGUUAAUAAAAUAUGCAGUGUGUCGAAUAAGAGUUACAAAGUUACGUUCGUUAUUUAUGCCGUAAUUUUUUUAAUUUUUUUUUAGUUAUAUGAAAUUAUUUGAUUUUUGAAUACAUAUUUAAGGAAAUGAAUGACACACUUUCCUUGUGCUUAAGUAUUCUUCUACAAUUUUCGUUUUAUUAUAAAUAAACAAAGUAUUUUUUUGGCUCUAUUUAUCAUUUAAAGGAACGGCAAAGGGAACUGCGCCCAUACAGCCAUUAAACAAAGUAUUAAAGAAAAGUAUUUCGACAGCUGUCACAAAAAUAUUUUAUUAAAAAGACAAUAGGUAAAUGUCAGUAUACCAUAGAGUAAUAUGUAGUGAUAUAAAACUGAUUGAAUAGUGGAUACUGAUUAAAUUCCAAUACGUAAUUUCAACUUAAAUAUAUAUUGCAUAAUAUUGUAUUGUUUUGGUGGAAGUAAUAAAAAUCAUGUUCAAUACAUUUUUUCAUGCGAUUGAAAAUAAAUUGACGACUCGGAAGUAUUUUGGGUGAUUUUUUUUUAACGGAAAUACCCAUAUUAAAAAUAAAAAAUAAAUAUCGAUUUCCGGUAAAAAAAAAUCCAAUUCGAAAUUGGAAUAUAUAACGUAAUUUUCUGUCAUCUGAAAUAAGCACUGACAAGUAAUAUAACAUAAUUCAGUAUUAAAUUUGUACUAUACUAAAUCUGUGCUUAAUAAGAAAAUGUAUCAACUAAAUAUGAAACGAAAAAACUUGUUCUAAUGCAAUAUUGAUGCAAUUAUUGGAUAUAAAAUAUUAGUAAUCACUAUUCUGUCCGAUAGAACCGAGUAUACGUAAAAUAUUACCUCACUAUUUUAAAUUAUUUUUAAAACUACCACAUUUCUAAGUGGCUGGAUGAAUUCGAAUUGCUCAUUUGGUGGAUUUAACUGAAUUCGUCGACUGAACUCUAAAUUUUUUUUCUGAGAAGCAAAGAUUAUACAGCCUUUUUUCUGGAGAAAGGAAAGACAAUAUACAGCCACAUCUAUAUUUUUUUUAUUUCACGCUUGUGUAAUAUAACCAUUUUGCUAUAGUACGUUAUGUGCCUUCUAAUGACACACCAAGCAUAAUAUUUAUGCUUAAACAAUUAUUUUCUUUCAUUUUUCUGCAUUUUACUAUUUAAUUUUUGUAUUUU